AUUACCCGCCAUUUUCACACCUUGAAAAGGAAGGCUAGGAGGCAAGAGAGAAAACAUCAGGUUUGAAGUUCAAAGAGAUUCAUUGUGGCUGGAACAUGAAACAUGAAGGAAUUCUCGUGAAGGAUGAGGCUGGAAAGGCGCUGCUCCCUCUGAGGAUUUUACCUAUACCAGAGAGAAUGAGAAGAAAUCCUCUUCACACGUUAUACAGCUGCACUAAAAGUAGCCAGCAGGGAAACUGACCUAUAAAUACUAUGAGCACAUUAAGGGCUUCCGUAUUGUCUCAGGCUCCACUGGAAAUGCAGCAAGGAUUCCUAGCACAUCCCAGUUGCCAUAGCAACAGCAGUCUUUCCCAUAAUGAGCUGCAUCAUCUGAACUGAUGUCACAGCAUCAUGCAGCAGGUCAAACAAGGCAUCUCCUAGUAUUGCAUCCUACAGAUGUGCUGUAAACAUCAAAAGGAGAUGGUGGGAGAAGGAGAUGUUGCCUCACUUUCCUCUCUGCUGAUACCAACGCUCUCGAAACCUCUCAUGAACUAAGUCAUUGGCUGGGAAUUUGCCUCUGCAAUUCUGCCUGGAAUCUACCCUUGUGUCUGAAAGUGGGAGGCUCAGGGAGGCUUUGAGCUGUUUUGGAAAGAAGUAAGGUUUAGAAUUCUCCAUGUUAACCAUGAGCGUGACACUUUCCCCGCUGAGGUCACAGGACCUGGAUCCCAUGGCUACUGAUGCCUCACCCAUGGCCAUCAACUUGACGCCCACUGUGGAGCAGGGUGAGGGAGGAGAGGCAAUGAAGGACAUGGAUUCCGACCAGCAGUAUGAAAAGCCACCCCCACUGCAUACAGGGGCUGACUGGAAGAUUGUCCUCCAUUUACCUGAGAUCGAGACCUGGCUCCGGAUGACCUCAGAGAGGGUCCGGGACCUCACCUAUUCAGUCCAGCAGGACUCAGACAGCAAGCAUGUGGAUGUGCAUCUAGUUCAACUAAAGGACAUUUGUGAAGAUAUUUCAGAUCACGUGGAGCAAAUCCAUGCACUCCUGGAAACAGAGUUUUCCCUGAAGCUGCUGUCCUACUCUGUCAACGUGAUUGUGGACAUCCACGCCGUGCAGCUCCUCUGGCACCAGCUCCGAGUCUCUGUGCUGGUUCUGCGGGAGCGGAUUUUGCAGGGUCUGCAGGACGCCAAUGGCAACUACACCAGGCAGACGGACAUUCUGCAGGCUUUCUCCGAAGAGACAAAUGAGGGCCGGCUUGAUUCUCUAACAGAAGUGGAUGACUCAGGACAGUUAACUAUCAAAUGCUCUCAAAAUUACUUAUCUCUGGAUUGUGGUAUUACUGCUUUCGAACUGUCUGACUACAGUCCAAGUGAGGAUUUGCUCGGUGGCCUAGGGGACAUGACCUCUAGCCAGGUCAAAACCAAACCCUUUGACUCUUGGAGCUACAGUGAGAUGGAAAAGGAGUUCCCCGAGCUCAUCCGAAGCGUUGGGUUACUCUCGGUGGCCACUGACCCCAACCCAUACAGCUGUGGCAAAGCGGUUGGUGAGGAGGCAUCUCAAAUGUCUCUUUCAGCAGAUGACAAAGGUGGACGUGAGGAGGACAGUGCUUUAACAGUCGAGGAGCCACCAGGCUUAGUGCCCGGAACAUCAUCUUCCGGGGAAGCUCUGACAAAUGCCGAUCAGCCCCCUCCUGAGCCCGCGAUGCCAGAAGCCAGUUCCUCCUCCCGGCCUGAGACAAGGAACCAACAGCCUCAGCCUUGUGAAAAUGCAACUCCCAAGCGAUCCAUCCGAGAUUGCUUUAAUUACAAUGAGGACUCUCCCACGCAGCCCACAUUGCCAAAAAGAGGGCUUUUCCUUAAAGAGGAAAAUUUUAAGAAUAAUCUGAAAGGCACUGAUGGAAAGAAGCAGCUGGCUGAUCUCAAGCCCGAGAUGAGCAGAAGCACCCCCUCUCUGGUGGACCCUCCUGACAGAUCCAAGCUUUGUCUGGUGUUACAGUCUUCCUACCCCAGCAGCCCUUCUGCUGCCAGCCAGUCCUAUGAGUGUUUGCACAAGGUGGGGGAGGGGAAUCUUGAAAACACCGUCAAAAGUCACAUCAAGGAAAUAUCCUCCAGCCUGGGAAGGCUUAGUGACUGCCACAAAGAGAAACUUCGACUUAAAAAGCCACACAAGGCCCCAGUAGAGGUGCCCCCAUGCCGAACUCCGAAGCGGAGGGCAGGCUCAGGCAACCAAGCUGAGAGCACGAAGAGCUCAGCCACGCCGAAUGGAAUUCCUUCAGGUACCCCCAAGACUGUAGAGGGGCCAGAAACAGAUUCCGUUUCGACGUCCUCCCUCGAGCCAUGCCGUCAGACGAGUUGGGAUGCCAAACUGCCAGUGCAGUCAGAAACAUCCAGCUCUCCGCCUUUUACUCAAAGUAGUGAAUCCUCUGUUGGCUCAGACAACAUCGCGUCUCCAGUACCCCUUCUUUCAAAAAACAAAAGCAAAAAAAGUUACUCCUCCUCCCCAAGUCACGUCACCAGGAAUGGCCAGGUGGUGGAGGCCUGGUAUGGUUCUGAUGAGUACCUAGCACUGCCCUCUCACCUGAAGCAGACUGAAGUCCUAGCAUUGAAGUUGGAGAACCUCACGAAGCUUCUGCCUCAGAAACCCAGAGGGGAAACCAUCCAAAAUAUUGACGACUGGGAACUGUCUGAAAUGAACUCGGAUUCUGAGAUCUAUCCAACGUACCAUGUCAAGAAGAAGCACACGAGGCUAGGCAGAGUGUCUCCAAGCUCGUCCAGUGACAUAGCCUCUUCCCUGGGGGAAAGCAUGGAGUCUGGGCCCCUGAGCGACAUUCUUUCUGACGAGGAGUUGUGCAUGCCUCUCUCUGGUAUGAAAAAAUACAUCGACGAGAAGUCAGAGAGAGCUGCAUCCUCUGAGAAAAAAGAGAGCCAUUCUGCCACAAAGUCUGCUUUAAUUCAGAAACUGAUGCAAGAUAUUCAACACCAAGACAACUAUGAAGCCAUAUGGGAAAAAAUAGAGGGGUUUGUAAACAAGCUGGAUGAAUUCAUUCAGUGGUUAAAUGAAGCCAUGGAAACCACCGAGAAUUGGACACCCCCUAAAGCAGAGACGGAUGGCCUUAAGCUGUACCUGGAGACACAUUUGAGUUUUAAGUUGAAUGUAGACAGUCACUGUGCUCUCAAGGAAGCUGUGGAGGAGGAAGGAUACCAACUUCUUGAGCUUAUUGCAUCUCACAAAGCAGAAGGGCUGAAGGACAUGCUGCGGAUGAUUGCAAGCCAGUGGAAGGAGCUGCAGAGGCAAAUCAAACGACAACACAGCUGGAUUCUCAGGGCUCUGGAUACCAUCAAAGCUGAGAUUCUGGCUACUGAUGUGUCUGUGGAGGGCGAGGAAGGGACUGGAAGCCCCAAGACUGAGGUUCAGCUGUGCUACCUGGAAGCACAAAGAGAUGCUGUUGAGCAGAUGUCCCUCAAGCUCUACAGUGAGCAGUACACCAGCAGCAGCAAGAGGAAAGAAGAGUUUGCCGAUAUGUCAAAAGUUCAUUCAGUGGGAGGCAAUGGGCUUCUGGACUUUGAUUCGGAAUAUCAGGAGCUCUGGGAUUGGCUGAUUGACAUGGAGUCCCUCGUGAUGGACAGCCACGACCUGAUGAUGUCAGAGGAGCAGCAGCAGCAUCUUUACAAGCGAUACAGUGUUGAAAUGACCAUCAGGGACCUGAAAAAGACGGAGCUGCUUAGUAAGGUUGAAGCUCUGAAGAAAGGUGGCGUUUUACUACCAAAUGAUCUCCUUGAAAAAGUGGAUUCAAUUAAUGAAAAAUGGGAACUGCUUGGGAAAACCCUCAGACAGAAGAUCCAGGACACAAUGGCAGGACACAGUGGGUCUGGUCCACGUGACCUGCUCUCUCCUGAAAGCGGAAACCUGGUAAGGCAGCUGGAGGUCAGGAUCAAAGAACUGAAAGGGUGGCUAAGAGAUACAGAGCUUUUCAUCUUCAAUUCCUGCCUGAGACAAGAAAAGGAAGGAACAAUGAAUGCUGAGAAACAACUGCAAUACUUUAAGUCCCUCUGUGGUGAAAUCAAGCAGCGACGUCGUGGAGUGGCCUCCAUCCUGCGAUUAUGCCAGCAUCUUCUGGAUGACCGGGAGACUUGCAAUCUGAACGCAGACCACCAGCCCAUGCAACUGAUCAUUGUAAAUCUUGAAAGAAGGUGGGAAGCCAUUGUCAUGCAAGCUGUCCAGUGGCAGACAAGGCUACAAAAGAAGAUGGGAAAGGAGUCUGAGACUUUGAAUGUGAUUGAUCCUGGUUUGAUGGAUCUAAAUGGGACGAGUGAGGAUGCCCUGGAAUGGGAUGAAACUGACAUAAGCAACAAGUUAAUUAGUUUGAAUGAAGACUCAAAUGAUCUUGAUCAGGAACCCCAACCUGUCAUGCCUGCCUUAAAGCUUGAAGAGAUAGGUAGUGAGGACCCUGGUUAUGAAGAAGAGGCAGGUGACCAUGGGGGAUCUCAGUAUGCCUCGAGUAUCACUGCCCCCUCCAGUCCACACAUUUACCAAGUGUACAGCCUCCACAAUGUGGAACUCUAUGAGGACAGCCACAUGCCAUUUCUGAAAAACAAUCCGAAGUUCACCAGUGUGACACAGCCUAGUGUUUUAACAAAGAGUCUCAGUAAAGACUCUUCAUUUUCAUCCACCAAAUCUUUGCCGGACCUUGUCGGAGGUUCCAAUUUGGUGAAGCCCUGCCCAUGCCAUGGAGGCGACAUGAGCCAGAAUUCAGGCAGUGAGAGUGGAAUCGUGAGUGAAGGGGACACUGAAACCACCACCAACUCAGAAAUGUGCUUGCUCAGUGUGGUGGAUGGGUCCCCAAGUAACCCUGAAACUGAACAUCUGGACCCACAAAUGGGAGAUGCAGUUAAUGUGUUAAAGCAGAAAUUUAAAGAUGAGGAGAAACGCAUUAAGCUUCCAAACAGCUCUCAGUCAUCCAUUUCACCAGUGAGUUGUGUAAAUGGAAAAGUUGGAGAUUUAAACAGUGUUACCAAAUAUACCCCUGAUUGUUUGGGAGAAGAAUUACAAGGAAAACAUGAUGUGUUUACAUUUUAUGAUUACUCGUACCUCCAAGGCUCAAAACUCAAAUUACCAAUGAUAAUGAAACAGUCACAAAGUGAAAAAGCACAUGUGGAGGAUCCCCUGCUUCAUGGUUUUUAUUUUGAUAAAAAGUCCUGCAAAUCUAAACAUCAGGCUACAGAGUUACAGCCAGAUGCACCUCCCCAUGAAAGGCUUUUGGCAAGUGCAUCCCAUGAAAUGGAUCGAAGUUCAUAUAAAAAUGGUAAUGGAGAGAAGACAUUCACUGGCAUGCAGAAUGGCAGACAGCUCUCCCUGUUAUCCCACAGCUCAUCUAUUGAGUCCCUUUCUCCAGGGGGUGAUUUAUUUGGGUUGGGCAUCCUUAAAAAUGGCAGUGACAGCCUCCAGCGAAGCACCUCUUUAGAAAGUUGGUUGACAUCCUAUAAAAGCAAUGAGGAUCUUUUUAGCUGUCACAGCUCUGGGGACAUAAGCGUGAGCAGUGGCUCAGUUGGUGAACUGAGUAAAAGGACACUAGAUCUCCUGAAUCGUUUGGAGAAUAUCCAGAGCCCUUCAGAGCAAAAGAUAAAACGGAGUGUCUCUGAUAUGACUCUCCAAAGCAGUUCCCAAAAGAUGUCCUUUAGUGGCCAGCUGUCAUUGGACAUAGCAUCUUCUAUCAACGAAGACUCGCCAGCAUCUCUUACAGAACUAAGUAGCAGCGAUGAGCUCUCUCUUUGCUCAGAGGAUAUUGUAUUACACAAGAACAAGAUCCCAGAAUCAAAUGCAUCAUUCAGGAAGCGCCUGACUCGGUCGGUGGCUGAUGAAAGCGACGUCAAUGUCAGCAUGAUUGUUAAUGUCUCUUGUACCUCUGCUUGCACUGAUGAUGAAGAUGACAGCGACCUCCUUUCUAGCUCUACCCUCACCUUGACAGAAGAAGAGCUAUGCAUCAAAGAUGAGGAUGACGACUCCAGUAUUGCAACAGAUGAUGAAAUUUAUGAAGAAUGCAACUUAAUGUCAGGAUUGGACUAUAUAAAGAAUGAACUGCAGACUUGGAUCAGACCAAAGCUUUCCUUGACAAAAGAUAAGAGAAGGUGUAAUCUCAGUGAUGAUAUAAAGGGCAGUAAGAAUGUCAGUAGUAGUGAGAUGACCAAUCCCUCUGAUACCCUGAACAUCGAGGCUCUACUUAACAGCUCCAUCAAAUGUCUCUCCGAAAGUAAUGGAAACGGCAAGAAUUUAUCCCACACCCAUGAGUUAGGGACAAAGGGUGAAAAUAAGAAAAAUAUUUUCAAAGUCAAUAAAGACCCGUAUGUGGCUGACAUGGAAAAUGGAAAUAUUGAAAGCACGCCAGAAGGGCAGAAAGAUGAACAGAAUGGGAUCUUGAAGGAAUCGGAAAGUCUCGGUACAACUGGGAAGAAGAAUUCAGACAGUGAGCAUUGUAAGUGUAAAGUAUUUAUGGAUAGCUCAGAUGAUGCAAAUAUUGCUGGAAAUGAAUUUGUUCCCCAAACUAUUAGACACCGUCCAAAGAAAUGUCAAAACCACCACCAUUUUGAAAAUCCAACAACUGCUUCUACUCCCACUGAGAAGUCUUGCCCAGAGCUGCCUUCAGAAGCUAGAGUUACCAGUAGGCAGGAUUCUGAUGUACUGAAAUCUUCAUCUAAUGAUGCACCAAGCGUGGCUGGAAAAUCUGCUCGUUGCUGCCUUGCACUUGAACAAAAUGAAACAGAGGAGAACGUUUCUGUCAGUGACAACAUUUCCUGUUGUGACUGCGAGCCAGAUGUUUCCCAUCAAAAAGAUGCUGAGGAUUGUUCCGUACACGACUUUGUUAAGGAAAUCAUCGACAUGGCUUCAACAGCCCUAAAAAGUAAAUCUCAACCUGAAAAUGAGGCAGCUGCUCCUACCUCGUUAACUCAGAUCAAGGAGAAGGUGUUGGAACAUUCUCACCGGCCCAUCCAGCUGAGAAAAGGGGACUUUUAUUCCUACUUAUCUCUCUCCUCUCAUGACAGUGAUUGUGGGGAGGUCACCAGUUACGUGGAAGAGAAGAGUAACACUCCAGUGCCACUGGACAUGACCGACUCUGGCUUAGAGGACAAGGAGGAACCUGAAUGCUUCUUCGAGGCCUGCGUUGAUGAUGACCUGGAUGGAGAUGAGCCCUGCCUCUCCAGCCCUCCUCCAGACAAACCUGCUGUUUCUGGUGAGGCUUCUGUGCCCCAACAAACAGCAGCUGGCUCCCCUGAGUUUAGCGAUACAUCUCUCUUGGCUGAGGAGGCAGACAUGAUGGUUCUUUCAAGUCCUCCCCAUCAGGAAGUAUCUGAUGUUGGAAAGGAAGCGGAUGGUUUGCCCCAAGCUACAAUCUGUGGGGAAAGCUCAGAGGUAACCACUUCAAGGCUGGGCAGUGAAAAGGAAAGUUCAGAAAACACAGGUGAAUCAGGAAUGCCAGAAGAACAUAAUGCUGCUUCAGCCAAAUCUGGAGUUCCAGAACUCUCCUCAAAGGCAAAGCAGCCAAAAGACAAGGCUGCAUUGCAUCCCAACUCCAAAACUUUAACCUGUGAAGAAAACCUUCUAAAUCUUCAUGAAGAACAACAUAAAAAUAUGCAUAGGUAGAAUGCAACCCUCUCCACGCAUGAAAAUCAUCUCAUUGAAAGAUAAGCCUGACUCAGGGGUGGCCUCCUCGUCCCACCCCGGGCUAGUCUGUGGUUUCAUCACGUCACUGCCAUUUGUCACAUUGACCUCUCCCAAGACGAAUCUUCCCUCCGAAUGCGAUUUGUCCACAUGAGCCUUGUGAUCUGGAUUGUGCACUGGUUUUCUUUAGGUGAUUGUCUUUGAAGUUUGGCGAAGCUGCUUGUUUUCCCAUGGAUUCCUGUCCCGAGCUACCUCUGCCAGCCCUGCCUCUCCAGCGAGACUUUUCCGUUUGCCUCCUCCCUCCCCAUCUACUCUUUAAAAAAGUUCUGCAGUCCACCAAAUCGAUGGUCCGUUAAAUUCACCUGUCUGGAAUGACACCCCCAGCCCUGCCCGUACUUGACCAAUUUCAUGUUUGAGUCUAGAUUUUUUUCUUUUAUGGUAUGAUGCCUAUGUUUAUCGAAAGAGGUUUACCUAAAAGGCCAACAUUUGAUUUGAUUGCAGCAUACAGAAGAAAUACUGGUCUUUCUUUCAAAAUUAAGCAACUUUUAAAAGCGCCAUUUUAUUUAUUUUAUUUUAAAAAUGAUUAUCUAUGCAGCACUUCAAGAAACAACUAUAUGGUGUUGUAUAUUAUAAACUGGUGACAUUCUACUAUUAAAUUAUGUACAACAUUUUCGUUUUUUAUGCUUCUUGAGGUGGUAAUGAGAAAAAAGUUUUUUAAAAAAGUGUGCCUUGCUGUAUUUCUUAUACCAUUUAUUAAAAAGCUGCUUUCACGGUAAAAUUAUGUUGGUUUGAAAGGAGGAAAUAGCAAGGUUAAGAUGUGUGAAUAAUUUCUGUAUAUAUGUAUAACCAAGUACAAACAUUGAUGUAUAAUGACAGUAUAAAAUGCUUUCAUGUUUAUGAUGUCUAGUGAUGUGGAAAAUAUAAGCCUUAAACCAUUAGAUUGCAUGGUAAUUAAAAUUGGCAUAAUAAACAUAGUUUAUUGGGGGAAAAGGAAAA